AAACGCAGCACUAGUUUUUAAACCUGGGCAUGAUAAUGAACCAAACAGAAACCCUAAACCCUACCAUCAUGCAAAUUUUGAUUUACUCAUUCAUUUUCACCAUUCCAUUUCAUCACAAGAAUCAAACUUUGUAAUGUGCCGCCAAUACCAAUUCCAAUCCCAAUUUUCUCAAUAUGAAGAAUCAAAUUCCGGUUGAAUCUGUUUUGACCCAAUCAUGUUGCAUUUUGCGCGCAACCUCUUCCACAUCACUGGUGUUCGAGUAAGCUCUUUCAAUUCACCAUUUCAUCCAAACCCAUUUCCCAUUUUCUUCAACCUAUCAUCCCCAUCUUCUCAAAAUUCAAUUUUUGGUUCUCCCAUGAUUUUGUUUACCAGCUUCUUUUGUGUUGUUAAAUACCCUUUUACCUCAAAAUCUUCAUUUGAUGACACUGUUUCAGAAUCAGUGUCUAAUUUAUUACAGAAUGAUGGUGCUCACCACGUGUUUGAUUCCGCACUUGCACCCAUUCGGGUGUCUAAGGUUUUGGUGAAUUUGAAAGGGGACCCAAAGUCGGCAUUGAAAUUCUUCCGUAGUGCAGGGAAUCAAGCUGGGUUUCGCCACACCACUGAGUCUUAUAGUAUUCUUGUUCAUAUUUUGUUUUGUGGGAUGUUUUAUUUUGAUGCGAAGAAUGUUAUUAAAGAGUGGAUUUUGUUGAGGAGGGAGAUUCCGGGUUGUGAUUGGUUUGAUAUGUUGUGGUUGACUAGGAAUGUGUGUAGGACAGGGUUUGGGGUAUUUGAUGCUUUGUUUGGUGUUUUGGUUGAGUUGGGGAUGCUUGAAGAAGCUAGGCAAUGUUUUGGGAAGAUGAAUAAGUUUAGAGUUCUGCCAAAAGUCCGGUCCUGUAACGAGCUUCUCCACAAGCUUUCAAAAUCAAGCCAAGGGAAAUUGUCCUUGAGUUUUUUCGAUGAGAUGGUUGGGGCUGGCCUUUCGCCCUCGGUUUUCACGUAUAAUAUAAUGAUAGGCUAUUUGACAAAAGAAGGUGAGUUAGAAACUGCUAGGAUUUUGUUUGAACGGAUGAAACGUACGGGCCUUAAGCCGGAUGUAGUCACUUACAAUUCUCUCAUUGAUGGGUAUGGAAAGGUGGGAUUAUUAACUGAAGCGGUUUUUGUUUACGAGGAAAUGAAGGAUGCAGGAUGUGAACCAGAUGUGAUAACAUACAAUUCUUUAAUCAAUUGUUUUUGUAAAUUUGAAAGACUUCCUCAAGCUUUUCAGUAUCUGCAUGAGAUGAAGGAAAGAGCGUUGAAGCCAAAUGUUGUAACUUACAGUACAAUGAUAGACGCGUUUUGCAAGUCUGGCAUGAUGCUGGAAGCGAUUAAAUUUUUCGUUGACAUGAUACGUGUGGGCCUUCAACCCAAUGAGUUUGCGUAUACGUCUCUAAUUGAUGCGAAUUGUAAAAUAGGUGAUCUAAAUGAAGCAUUUAAACUGGCAAAUGAGAUGUUGCAGGCUGGUCUUAACUUAAAUGUUGUCACCUAUACUGCAUUACUCGACGGUCUUUGUGAGGAUGGUAGAAUAGAAGAGGCAGACAAACUAUUCAGGGCAUUGUCGGAAGCUGGAGUAGCUCUUAAUCUGCAAAUUUAUACUUCCCUUAUUCAUGGAUAUAUCAAGGCUAAGAUGGUAGAGAAAUCUAUGGAUAUUUUAGAGGAAAUGAACAAGAAAAACUUCAAACUAGAUUCUCCACUGUACGGAACCAAAAUAUGGGGCCUUUGUAGCCAAAAUAAAAUACAAGAAUCCGAGGCUGUGAUACGUGAGAUGAAAGAUCGUGGUUUGACGGCAAACAGUUAUAUAUACACAUCACUUAUGGAUGCAUAUCUUAAGGUUGGAAAAAUCACAGAGGUUGUUAAUCUAUUACAAGAGAUGCAGGAAUUAGGCAUCGAGACAACGGUUGUGACCUAUGGUGUGUUAAUUGACGGUUUGUGCAAAAAAGGUUUAGUUCAACUGGCUGUCGGUUACUUUGAACUCAUGACCAAAACUGGUUUGCAGCCUAAUAUUAUGACUUAUACUGCACUGAUCGAUGGCUUUUAUAAAAGCGAUUGUGUUGAAGCAGCUAAUAAGCUGUUCAAUGAAAUGCUGGAUAAGGGAAUCAAGCCAGAUAAGUUAGUUUAUACUGCUUUGAUUGAUGGGAACCUUAAGCAUGGUAAUCCCGAAGAAGCUUUGAGUUUGCGAAAUAGAAUGAUUGAAUCCGGUAUGGAGCUUGAUCUGCAUGCUUAUACUUCAUUGAUUUGGGGUUUGUCGCGUUGCGGUAAAGUACAACAAGCCAAGUCAUUUUUUUAUGAGAUGCUCAGAGAGGACAUCACUCCUGAUCUGAUUCUCUGUAUUUGUCUUCUGAAAAAAUAUUAUGAACUCGGAGACAUAAACGAAGCCCAGGAACUUCAUAAUGAUAUGAUAAGGGGGGGACUAGUUGCCGAGACAAUGGACAUAAGAGUCCCCUCUACACACACUUGAGAAGGAAACCCUGUUUUGCACAAUUGUUUGGUUCACUUACUUUCAUGGCACAAAAUAUUAAAUUCUUUCAUUUUUUGUGUGCCAAAGUCAGUAUCUUAACCGAAAUGAAUUUGACGCAUCAUUAUUAACUGGCAAUUCCUGGUUCUAAUUGAUGCAUUCUCAAGGCAUUUGUUUUCUCCUGGUGUAAAUCCUGCCACUUCAAGAGCGUGUCUUUCAAUAUUCAUGUUUCUCAUGUGAUCAUCAAGACAACUAUAAAAUAACGUGGUUCAAAGAAGUCUUGAUUUCCUUUAAUCAGCAGUGUUCAAUUUGGGUGAUAUUGCUAAUCACAAUGCUCAUAAUUAUUGCGCAUUUACUUCAAUACAUGUGUUACAUAAUUCCUCAAGCUUGGUGCUUCCCAACCAAUGACUGAUUUGAACUCAACAAAUCCAUGUUAUGGUAGAUGCAGAGGGGUUCAGCCUUAGGACAAACAUGAGGUGAUUCCAUCAUUUGAUGGAAAGGAAGCUAUUUGUGGAUACUCAACACAUAUCAGUAUUUUGGGGGCAUUGGUGGCUCGGCCACUUUUUUGGAAAGCGGGCAACCUAAAUGUGAACUCUUCGAUGCAAUCUUAGUAGUUGAGGUGUAGUUUCAAAACAAUUUGUAUUACAUGACGACGAGGGUUGCUUGUCAAGUUUUGAUAUAUUAGACUGUGGGAGUCCACUGGAAUUUUCUCAUCAAUGAUAAAGCAGUUCACUUUGAGGACAAGGCAAAACUAUUUUGGAGAUGGAGAGCACUGUGCGGGUUGUCAGUUGAGGGAGAGAUUAGUUAGUUAGUUAGUUAGGGUUAGUUAGAGCUGGAUUAUGUUGUAUAUAAAUUUUCCUUACAGAUCAUUGUGCUUCUUUCUAUACAUUUUACAAUGUAAUAAUCAGUACCAUGUAAAAUUUUCCAGUUGGUUCAUAAAUAUUCAAAGCAAUUGCUUUUUGGCAAUUGUUAGCAUUCA